CAUUUUGAACGUGUACAUACAUAGCCUACCCAUCGAUUUUCAUCCGCUACGACCUCGCCGGGAUACACUCCAUCGUGAUUUGACCGUCCGUUUCGCACAUUCCCCGUACACGCGCAUCCGAUCGCGGUCCGAAGCCCCUCGAUAGCGGCAUCAUCUCGAGACCCGACCGUAACGGGAACUACAUACAACCAGUGACCACACAAGAUGUCGCAGGGUCAGGAUGACCCCGCGGCGGUUCUGGAACUAUUCGUUCAUGAUGUGGCAAACCUUCCCGCUGAGAUUAACCACCUGAUGGAAGAAAUCCAGGCCAAGGAUAAGAUCAUCCAGGAAUGCCGCACGACAAUCAACUCCCGCGACACCAGUCUCCAGAAGUUCAUCAAACUAAACGGCAGCUUAACACCCAACCCGAAGGAGGAACAGUACGGAAAGGCCAUAUUACAAAACCUCGACAAGUCGCAACAGUUACAGGAUGAAAAGAUCCAGCUGAGUGAGAAAGCGUGUGUGUUGCUGGACCGACACAUCAGAAAAUUGGAUAUCGCCAUCCAUAAACUCCAGAGUAACGGCAUGCUCUCGGACGAUCCUCCUUUCCCUUCCCUCUUCAACAACAAAGAUCAGUAUCGCGAUCCGCCAAAGAUCUUCUUCCCUGAUUCCACCGUCGAAAAUUCCUCCUUCUCCUCCGCUCUCAAUGGCUCCUCCGGGAAUGCCAAUGUCAUAUUAGGCGCCACUCAGAGACUGAAUACACUGGGCCGGAAUAUCGCCGCUGUCGGCUUGAACUCUCCCAAUGCUGUACGAAGCUCUGCCCCAGCAACACCCUCCGGUACAAUCCAUUUCCAACGACAACAAAGAGAGUUAUCGGCCGGCGCAGUGGAAACCAAACGGCGGCGUCUCAAUAACUCAAUAGGGACGCUCCCCGCGGCAUCCUCGAACCUCCGACAAUCCUCUCUCGGCCCUGGCACCCCUAAAGCCGGUACCCCGGCUUCUAGUCGUGCGGGCAGUGCUGGACCGCGCUCGUCGGCCUCAACCAAGAAAGCCCUAACGAAGAAGGUUGCGCCGCAUCAGCAGCUCAAGAAGAUUAAAGCAUCCGGGCUCAAUGGGAAGCACACCAAGCGGUCAUCAAGCGCAAGCGGCCGUCUUAAGCUCGGUGGGACAAAGAAGUCCCCGUCUGCCCUUGGAGGAGACGAAGACGAGGACGACUCUAUGCUCAGCAGCGCCGAUAUUUCCGACUCGGAGAACGCUGAUGAGAGCAGACGAGAUGACGAUAUGGAUGAUGAGGAAGAAGACGAAGGCAACGAAGAUACCAAGGUGUACUGCACGUGUCGCAGCGUCAGCCAUGGAGACAUGGUUGCAUGUGACAACGAAGACUGCGAAUUUGAAUGGUUCCAUUGGAAGUGCGUGGGCUUGACCCGAGAACCAGUUGGGAAAUGGUACUGCCCUCAAUGUUCUGCUAAAUUGCAAGCUUAGUUAUAUAGUUAUACCCCCUUCUUUUCUGUAUUAUAACGACCACCUUCUUAUGACCCUCCAAUUCCAAACACAUAUCUAGCGAUAGAAGCAGGUAGUAGA